CCACCGUAGGCUACGUCAGAAGUAAAUACAGUGUGCUAGCCCACAACUAGCCAGCUACCUGUGAAGACAACAUGGCCUUUACUCUGUACUCUCUCAUUCAAGCAGUGAUCCUGUGCGUCAACGCUGUCGCAGUAUUACACGAAGAGAGAUUUCUGAGUAAAAUUGGCUGGGGAGUAGACCAAAGUGUUGGAGGAUUUGGUGAUGAACCAGGGGUCAAAGUUCAGCUGAUGAACCUGGUCCGCUCUGUGAGGACAGUGAUGAGAGUGCCAUUAAUUGCUGUGAAUGCAGUCUGUAUAGUGCUGCUGCUUCUGUUUGGAUGAGGAGGAGGAGGAUGAGGAGGAAGAGGAGGAGACAAACCAGUCUGCUGUCAGGAGAAGACAUCUCCAUCACCUCAGGAACCCUUCUGCAGAAACAUUUGAUCACUUUGACUCACAAUAUGUCUCCUGUCAGCCUGAAUGUGAAUAUUAUCAUUUGAUAUUCCACAUCAAUACAUGGGAUAUUAUAUUGUUAAGGCCUGUUUUGUACAACACAGUCAUUCAGAAAUAAGUAAAUGCAGCUAUUUAGAAUGUUUAAUUCCCCUUUUUCUUUUGAAUAGCACAAUGCAAUGCUUAAUACAAGAAACACUUCAUUCGCCUUUGAUUUAGCUAUCAAUAUGAAAAACAUAACUUUCACAUGGAAGCCGACUGUAAAAUGUUUGUAAAUUAAUUAUUGUGUACGUGCUAUGAAUGUUGAAAUGCUUGCAAAGAAAGAAAGAUGUUUUUAAAACUC